UAAACGGGCUUUGAAAAUUUGUAACUAUACUCACACACAUGAGUUCAAUAACCAAAUUUGGUAGAUUAUUUAAUUAUAGAUAUUGUUAUCUCCGUGUUUUUGUAAAUUUCAAUACAAUGACGUGACAUUGCUUAUUAAUAUUUAUUUAUUCCGCAACCUUAACAUUAAGCGCAUCUUCAUGAAAACAAGAUCCGUCAUGCUAUCUCGCACUAUCAAACGUAAAACGCCAGUAAAGUUCAAAUGAUCAAGAUAAUUAGCCACUUUAAAUCCCCAACCGGAAUGCAGCUUGAUCAUGUAACUUUUAUUUCUUUUUUGCCGUUUCUCCUCCAACAUCUUUAAAUCACUGUAAGGCCACCGACUCGCCCCAAGAAACCUGUUCUCAGUGAGAAUCCAUCUAUUCAGCUAUGCUGCACGCGAUUUACUAUGAAACCAAAAACUGUCCUUAAGUGAAGUGUCUUUGACAAAAAUGGCAUCGACGGCGGAACUGGUCACCGCGUCCGUCGCGGACCUCCAGCCGAAGACCUUCCGGACGAUGACCACCAAAGAGCGCCUCCACUACAUCAAGAACAUAAUCACCGUGGAGCCCCUAAUCGCGGCGUACCUCCUCGCUUCCAUCAUCUGCGGGCCCGCGCUGUACAACCUCGAGUUCGAGAAGGGCUGCCGGUCCAACCUGCAGCUCAAUGACUCCAUCUGCGACGCCAUCCUCAGCGGAGAGGCCACAAAUUACUCGGAGGAGAACGAGAAAAUCCAGAUUUUGAUCGGGGACAUGCACUCGUGGCAGAUACCCCUCCAGAGCGUCAUGCCCCUAAUUUUGGUCCUGUUUUUGGGGUCGUACAGCGACAGGCACAAGCUGCGCAAGCCCUUUCUCUUGAUUCCCGUCCUGGGGGAGUUUUUCGCCGUCGCGGGGUGCAUCCUGUGUGUUGUUUUCAUGAAAGAGUGGCCGCUGGCGUCACAAGGGAUCGCUCAGACGGUCAUCCCGUCUUUCUUCGGGGGCCAGACGAUGAUUGUCAUGGCUGUUUUUGCCUACAUUGCUGAUGUCAGCACUGUGGAGAUGCGGACUUUAAGGGUCGGGGUUGUGCAAAUCGUUUUGAACGUUUGCACUCCUGUGGGACAGGCUGUUAGUGGGAUUUUGUUUGAGAAAAUCGGCUAUUAUGGAGUUUUGUCGAUUGCCGUUGUUUGUUAUUUAUUCGCGAUUUUGUACGGGAUUUUUUGGAUUAAAGAACCGCAUCAGCCCGAUGUUAUUUCAAAGAAAUCGUUUUUUGUCGAUGCUUUUGACCCCAAACAUGCGGUGGAAACUUUCAAUCUUCUAUUCAAAAAGAGCAAAGGGAAUAAUCGAGCGUUCGUGGUCGCCGUUUUGUUCAUUUUGUUCAUUUACAGUAUAGUGGUUACAGGUGAAGGAGGAGUUUUUUAUUUGUACGUUCAAGGAUUUUUUAACUGGGGUCCUCUUGAAUACAGUUACUUUAUUACUAUUAAUACCGUUAUUCAUUUAGUGGGGACAUUAAUUGGGGUUCCCCUAUUUACCAAAUUUCUCUCACUGGGGGAUUUGAUGAUUUUACUCAUCACAUUUGUGGAUAAAAUUGUAACAAAUAUUGUUUUCGGUUUGGCCAAAACUGAUGUCAUGUUAUAUGUUGCCACUGCUGUAAGCAUAAUUACCGGAAUUUCUAACAUUGCUAUAAGAUCAUUGGCUACGAAAGUGGUUUCACAAGAGGAUUUAGGAAAAGCUCAGUCUUUAUUUGGAAUUUGUGAAGCCAUAGGUCCAGCAAUUGCCGCUCCGCUGUACAAUAAAGCAAUUUAUUUAAACAGUUUAGAUACUUUACCUUCGGCUUAUUUUUAUUUUGGAGCAAUUUUACAUGUUUUGUUGUUGGUGGUGAUAAUAUGGAUGUAUUAUGCAAGUAAGUCGGAAGAAAAAGGUGACAUCGAAAAAGAACAGCCAAACAAUGCAAAUGAAAAAGUCUCAGAGGAAUUCCAGAUGACCCAUAUUUAGCAGAAACUUGCAAUUUGUAAAUAAUAAUGAAAGAGAAACUAUUUCAUUUUAUAUAUUUUUUAUGAUGUAUUUAAAAUAAAAAAUAAAGUUCCCAGUUUUUAAAAAAGAAAUUAAAUUUAGAAAUGCGUCAAGUGAACAUUUUUCUAAAUACUUGUAAUUUAUUAGAUAAAGACAAAA